CCCGUGUGGCUUCCCCUUCGCUUUACGCGCGCGGCGCGAGGAGGCGGGGGAGGGCGAGGCGACGCGCGGGAAAAGGGGGGAGGAGGCUGGAGGGAGCAAAGCAUCCAUCUGCGGCGUCGGCGUCGGCGUCGGCGACGCCAUGGGUGGCUGCUCCUCCGCCUUCGCGGUUUCCACCAGGAUGAUCCGCUUCAGCCGCGGCCGCGUGCCGGCGGCCAUCCUCCCCGUCACCAGCAACGACGAGCCCUGCUGCAGCUGCUCCCCUGAAAACAACAACAAAAACAACGACGGCGGCGGAGGCGGAUGCGACGGCGGCGAGCACCAGAAGGGGAAGUCGUGGAGGAGGUGGCAGUACAGGAGAUGCGGCGGCGGUGGCGGUGGCGGGGGCGGGAGGAAGAACGCCAUCCUCGGGGACGCGGCCGACGUGAAGACGGCGGCGGGGUUCGCGGAGAGGUACAGGCUGGGGGCGGAGCUGGGGCGCGGGGAGUUCGGGGUGACGCGGCGGUGCUCCGACGCGGCCACCGGGGAGGCCCUGGCCUGCAAGACGAUCCGCCGGAAGCGGCUGCGCCGGUGCCGCGGCGACGCCGAGGACGUGCGGCGGGAGGUGGAGAUCCUCCGCCGCAUCUCCGCCCUCGGCGCCGGCGCCGACUCCGUGGUGCGACUCCGCGACGCCUGCGAGGACUCCGACGGCGUCCACCUCGUCAUGGAGCUCUGCGAGGGCGGCGAGCUCUUCGACCGCAUCUUCGCCCGCGGCCACUACACCGAGCGCGCCGCCGCCAAGCUCGCCCGCACCAUCGUCGGCGUCGUCCAGCUGUGCCACGAGAACGGGGUGAUGCACAGAGACCUGAAGCCGGAGAACUUCCUGUUCGCCAACAAGUCGGAGGACUCACCUCUCAAGGCCAUCGAUUUCGGCCUCUCGGUGUUCUUCAAGCCAGGAGAAAGAUUCACCCAGGUGGUUGGGAGCACAUACUACAUGGCACCAGAGGUUCUCAACAGAAGCUAUGGCCCAGAAGCAGAUGUCUGGAGCGCCGGCGUCAUCCUCUACAUCCUGCUCUGCGGAGUUCCUCCUUUCUGGGGAGACAAUGAUGAGAAAACGGUGACGGCGAUACUCCAGGGUGGGAUCAACUUCCAGAGGGAGCCAUGGCCCAAGGUGUCCCCGCAUGCAAAGGACCUUGUCAGCAAGAUGCUUGACCCCGAUCCUUCUACCCGGUUGACAGCAAAGGAAGUCCUUGAGCAUCCUUGGCUCAAGAAUGCCGAUAGGGCUCCAAACGUUUCGCUCGGAGAGAUUGUUCGAUCCAGACUGAUGCAAUUCUCAGCCAUGAAUAAGUUCAAAAAGAAGGCACUUGGAGUCGUUGCCAAGAAUUUACCGGUGGAGGAGAUGGAUAAAUAUACUCAGAUGUUCCACAAGAUGGACAAAGACAACAGCGGUAAUUUGACGCUUGAGGAUCUGAAGUUGGGCCUCCAGAUAAAUGGUCAUCCUGUUCCAGAGACAGAGAUCGAAAUGCUGUUAGAAGCUGGUGACAUAGAUGGAAAUGGAACAUUAGAUUGCGAGGAGUUUGUAACGGUAUUACUUCACAUAAAGAAGAUGAGUAAUGAGGAGUACCUACCUAAAGCUUUCAAGUUCUUCGACAAAGAUGGUAAUGGUUUCAUUGAAAUGGAGGAGUUGAUGGAUGCUUUAGGUGAUGAACUGGGCCCUACUGAGCAAGUGGUUAAAGAUAUUAUUCGAGACAUUGACACUGAUAAGGAUGGUCGCAUUAGCUAUCAGGAGUUUGAAUCAAUGAUGAUAUCUGGAUCAGACUGGAGAAAUGCUUCCCGACGAUACUCAAAAGCAAAUUUCAGCUCCCUCAGUCGUAAGCUGUGCAAAGGAAAUUCAUGAAACAGAGGAGGAUCUGAGCAACAGUUACUUACUGAGUGCAUCAAGCAAUCAACUAAAAACAAAGCAUCAGUGGACAGCCUAAAAUAUAAAACCAGAUUACUGGGUAGAGGACAUCAGCAGGGUGAAAGGAGAUUUUGUAUCUCAGUUGCAUAGAUGACAAGGUUCAUCAAGCAGCGAGCCCUAUAGCAUCGUCCCUUGUAAUGGAAUCAAGACAUUCCAUAUCUAGGAUAUAUAUUCAUGACUUAGCAUAGGCACAUGUAAGGGAAGCGCCGACAUGCAAUCCACUUACCAAAUGUUGAUGUUUUA